CUGAUCAGUUCAUUCAUAGUUUUUAUUUACCCAGUGACAAGAAAAAUCAAAAUCCUUGUCAGCCUCAUUUCAUUUACCGAAGAACUCCAGUUCCUCCGUACAAACCGUGACAACGAGCAUUCCCCUUUCAACUAACAGGUUUCAAUUUACCUUUCUUGCGAUCUCCAUUCUCCGCGUCUACCGCUGUUUAGACUCACGGUCGCUUGCUCCUGGAGAUGCCCCUCCGACGAUAACGAAUCAAUUAUACGAUACGGCGUCUGAUCUGGCCGAAGACUUUAAACCAAUAUAAACGCGGUUACGUGCAUAACGUGGGCCUUCGAUUGAAUCCAAGAAGCAUGACAGAUAAUGCACGUCUUCCUUCAGUUUCGAGUCUCGGAAGGCCAUGCGCAACUUCAUUCACCCUUCUAUUGCUGGUAGUGUCCAUCCACCUUGCUUUAUAACGUCCACCCAGGCUGGCCUGUGGCACCAUUGGUCUGUCUUUAGUUUUUUCCCGUCAUGCUUGACGCAAGCAAUCCCCUUGUUAUAUUGAAGAUCACUUGUGCGGUGUGCUCCACGGUUGCUAUUGCGACAACUGUUCAUCGCCUCUUCAUUCGAAGGGGUCGAUAUUGGGCCGAUGAUGCAUGGGCGCUGGUGUCCAUGUUUGCUCUUUUUUUGCAGAUUGCUGCAGUAUUUAUGCACUUACCCAAUCCCACUGUCCUCUCGAGGUCCACGCGUAUAGCAGCUUACUACCUCAUGGCUGUCACUUUUUAUAUUAUUAUCUGGACAGCCCGGCUUUCAAUACUAUUUUCGAUGAUCCGGGUGGAUCCUAGUGAGACCCGACGGCGUAGACUCUUUUGUAUCGCCGCUCUGUUCAUCCUCGUUCUCGCGAUCCUUAUAGCUCAGCUGUUCUGGGUCUGUGAACCAGAGCUGGGAUGGAGGGACACGCGGAGCCCGCAGUGUACCCUCAACAAGCAAGUGGCUAUCUCCCAACUAGUCUCUGAUGUGAUUGCGGAUCUCAUAUUGAUUCUUGCCCCGCUAAAACUCCUUGCUGGGCUAGAAGACAAAUGUCUUCGACUUCGCCUCAUGGUCAUCUUCUCGACCUGCAUCGUGACGACCAUUGUAUCCCUCGUUCACGCGGCCUACAUCCUCACUUUUGGCGAAGCAAAGGUGGUCAUCUCGGCCAUAGUCGAAGAUUGCGUUUCCCUAAUUGUGUGUAACAUCCCUGUGGUCGUUACCGCGGCCAUAAGGAUUCGAGAAGAGUCGCAGCAUAGCGCAGCCCAGAAAGGACAGCUGACACGGCGGCAACUCACCCCCACAGGGAAGUCACGACGAUACGGCUUGACGACAUAA